AUGGGUAUCUUGAGUUACGCCGUCUCCGGCGGCGGUUUUGCAGUAAUCGGCGUCUGGGAGUCACUCGACUCGUCGAACCUGGAUCCGAAUCCAUCUACUGCUACUGAUCCAUCUUCUCCUAUGGCUGAGACCAAAUCUGUCCGAUCAUCUUCCAUCUCCGUAGCUUUGCUUUCGUCUCUGUUUAUUGCCAACUCGAUUUUCUCCCUCUUCAGCUCAAUCGGGUCUCGUGAUCGGGUCGGGUCGAUGAUCCAAUUACAGAUCCUAUCGGUCGCGAUUCUAUUUCUGGUGUACGCCCUUUUAACUUAUCUGGUAAACUCCAAAAACUCUGUUUUUGUUGCUCUUCCGUCUUCGAUUACGAGUUUGGUGCUUCUCUUUGGCUUCAUCGAGGAGUUUUUCAUGUUUUACCUUCAAAAGAAAGAUACUUCUGGUAUCGAGAAUCGCUACUACGAUCUCAUGCUCGUACCCAUUGCGAUCUGUGUCUUCUCCACGGUUUUUGAGCUGAGAUCCGAUGCAAACACGCAACGAUUCGCGAAAUUAGGUCGUGGGAUUGGUUUGAUUCUGCAAGGAACAUGGUUUCUGCAAAUGGGUAUCUCGUUUUUCACAGAUUUGAUCACUAAUAACUGUACAUUUCACGAGAAGAGCAGAGGCAAUUUCACGAUCAAAUGCAAAGGACACAAUGAUUAUCACCGAGCAAAAGCAAUAGCAACUCUUCAGUUUAAUUGUCAUUUGGCUCUAAUGGUGGUUUUAGCUACUGGAUUGUUCUCUGUUGUUGCGAACAAGAAAGGUUAUCUCCGUCAAGAUCACUCUAAGUAUCGACCUCUCGGAGCUGAGAUGGAGAAUUUAAGUAACUUCACUCUUGAUUCUGAUGAAGAAGAGGAGAUACGAGAAGAAAGCAACGUAGCUAAGGAAACUGGUCAAAAUGGAAUCAGCUCACACGAUUAA